AUGGAAUGGACGACGAGUCCGAGCUUCGUCUCGAGCGCAAACCCACGACGCAUCCCCCCAGACCUCCGCAAGCGAGCGGUCAUCAGCUGCGAUCGCUGCAAGAAGCGGCGGCGGAAAUGCGUCCGUCUUCCUUCGGCCUCAACCUGCGAGCUGUGCAGGGAGAACGCGGUGCCAUGCGUGACGACGAUUCCCCGGAAGCGGCCCUCGGCAGCCCAGCCUUUCCCGGUGAAUGAGGACCGGCCCUCUCGACAGUUGCUGAUGGAGCAACUCCUCGACAGGCUAUUCCCGGAGGUGGCGGUGGCCGACGCCAACGAGCUUGCCAACCUUGCAGACUGCCUGGAAAAGAGUCAUGUGCAGAUACACUUCGCUCGUGACAAGAUGUCGGUGACGGCAAACGGGUCCACUGUCCAAUGUGGCCUUGCGUCUUUGACCUCUGCCCCGGUCCUCCAGGAUCAACCUUCAUGUGUAUCGCAGAGCGACCGUCGAAGCUUUGCUGCAACGCCGCUCGACCUUGGCCCCAUGCCGGGCACAUCCCCAACGAGCAGUCGGGGCGGGAACUGCUGUGAGCGAAUCCUGCAGAAUUCCUCGGGGACCCUGUGCUACUUCGGCCCAUCCAGUUCCAUGGCCUUUGUGACCCAGCUUCGGGAGCACCUGAUCUCGACGGCGAUCCAGAACUUGGAGAAGCUCCAGCCCAAGCAGCGCCGACUGCGCCAGAAGUUCGUGGCGGACAAUUACUGCUGCACGAUGGAGGAGCCCUCGACGGCGAAAAUCACCCAAGCGCCCGCCGCACAACGCCACGGCGAUUCGCCCCAAUCCUCUCCAGAAGACGUGGACGACGUGUCCCUCGACGCCAAUGCCUUCCGGUCUCCGUCGUCCCACGGCUCGCAACGGCUCGUGGACGUUCUACCGGCGCGAGACGAGGUGGAGCAGUUGGUGGAGUUGUUUUUCGUGCACGUCCAUCCGAACAUGACCUUGUUCCACCGCCCCUUGUUCCAGAGCGCCCUGGAGCGCCUUUGGACCUCGGAUCUGGACUCGCAGGAUGUCGGGUGGCUGACCUGUUGCCUGCUCGUGCUCGCCUUCGGGUGCAAAUACCUGGCGUCGACCCCGACCGGCAAGACCACUCCGGGGCCACGGGACGUCCGCAAACUGCAGCAAACGCUCGUGGAGAUGGCUCUGGGGCAUGUGGCGCGGUUGAUCCAGUGUGCGACCCUCCAAAGUGUCCAGGCGCUUGCGCUCCUCGCGCUCUAUCUCAACACCACGCACCAGAGGAAUGCCUCGUGGAUCAUGAUGGGUUGCAGUAUCCGGAUGGCCGUCAGCCUGGGCAUGCACCGGAGCGACAAGAUCUUACAGCAGAAAAGCGUCCUUUCGACCGCGGUGGACAGGGAGUUGAGGAAGCGCGUGUGGUGGUCACUGUACAUUUACGAGCAGUACAACAGCGCCCUCUUCGGCCGCCCCAGCGCGAUCGACGAGCUCGAAACCACCAGCGAUCUGCCGACGGAUUCAUUCCUGGACGAGGGCUACCAUCGACCUCCGGGACUCAUCACACACGACACAUAUCUCGCACGGAUCGUGGACAGGAUCCGAAAAUCACAGGCCAGCCAAGGGCGCCGUGUGGGAUGCAUUGGACCUGACGGCGGGCCAGGGCUGAGUGAACACCAGACCGCCGAUCGCCACCUCCACGAUCUGGAUACGUGGUACGAGGAACUGCCGCAAUUCCUGAGGUUCGACGCAGCCAACCAGCGCCACAUCUACCCGAGCCACUUCCGCCAACUCGUCACUCUGCAGCUUCGGUACCAACACGCGAGACUGCUGCUGACACGGCCGUUCUAUCUGAGGCUCGUCCAGACCCGAUCCUCCACCAGCGAAGGCGGGGGACUCGAAGCCGAUCCCGGGACGAGGUAUGGCGACGUGUGCGUGGCCGCGGCCCUCGACUCCUGGCGGCUGGCGCAACAUCUGUGGGAGAGGGGCCAAUUCAACGGCGACAUCGGGCUCGACGGGGUGUUUCUGUACCAGUGCGGGAUGGUCCUCGCGCUGGCGUGCCUGGACACGCGGCAGAGAUGGGACGUCGAUGUCGCCGCCCCGGGCAGCAGGGACCGCAAGGUCUUCUACCACGCCAUCGAAGGCGUCCUCGCCAUGCUGCACGACAUCCCCCCGGACAACCCGAUGAGUCGGAUGGUGCAGAUCGCAGACGACUUCUGCAGCAUUGUGCGGUCGAUGAAAUCCGAGCCGGCUGCGGCGUCGGGAUCCAACGACCCGAUCAUCCAAGAUCCGCGCGGCGACCGACAGGCUUCGGCGCUGCUGCAGUGCGCGUCCGGUCAGAGCAGCAACUCUGCUGGUAUGGCGCAGGGGCACGAGGACCAGACUCGGUCCUUCCAGGCUGCCGAAUCUCCAAACCGCCUGGACGGCUCGCUGGCGUGGGCGGGCCCCUCGCCGUCGUUGGCGGCUGGUUUGGGCGAAGUAAACCCCGUCGCUCGAGAAGACGAGCUUCAGGCUUCGGCAUGGAAUAUGGACGGCACGCAGCUGAUCGACUCCAUGCUCGACUGGGACUUGUCGCAGGUCUUUGGGUUCGAGGGCGGCGGGUCCAUGAACAACCCUUUCCUCGUCUAA